UCAAGCUGUUAGAUCUACUUCUGCUUGAAGCAUUUAUACUGGAAGAGGUCUAUGGAUCUAGUUUUUAAAAAUGCUCAUUCUUUACGUUCUUGUUGUUUGUGCUUUAUGUGCCCAAAUCUCAAAUGCCCAGACCUGUAGAGUUGGAAAUGACUAUCAAUUACAAUCCAAGCUAAGUAAUAGCAAUACCCGUGGAAGGUGGUUUCUAAAUACCGCGGUGCCAGCAACUUGCUCAGGAUCUAUAAACAGAUACAGAGUCAGGUAUUAUGAUAAUAAUUUGAAUGAUGGAAAUUAUGACAUUAUUCUGGCCGUCUGGAAGCCAACCAACUCAAACUUAACAUAUGAAAAAGACUCUGCUACAAUGAAAGAAUACACCCUCAACUAUGAUGACAAGCGCCGAAGAAAGCGAGCCACUAACACAUUCAAUACAUUUGAUGCAGUUGGUGUGCGAAAAGAUAGUGUCAUUGGAGUAUAUAUAGUUAAUAGUAAACCACUACCUGUCAUUGGAUACAAAUCAUCUGGAAAUCCUAUCUACUCAAUACCAAUAGGUGCUUGUGUUGCAACUACAGUGGCUUCAACAUCAAUAAUAAAUUGCACCGGAAGCAAUCAGCCUACUUAUGUAAUUCAUGCCGAAACUGAUAUUACUGUAGUCAACUGUAAUACUCCACCCACUGUUAGUAAUGCUAACUACUCUCAAUUGGAUGGUGAUACAGAGUAUGGAGCUAGAGUUCAAUACAGCUGUAGUACUGGGUAUAAUAUUAAUGGAAAUGAUACUAUAUCAUGUCUACUGAAUGCAUCAUGGUCUUCACCAACUCCAUCUUGUUCAUUAGUAGACUGUGGUAAUCCUGGUGAACCAGCUAAUGGAUAUACUAAUGAUAAUGUAUUCACUUAUCAGUCUACAGUACAGUAUCAUUGUAAUGAAGGAUAUCAACUAUCAGGUGACUCAUCUAUUGAAUGUACAUCUAAUGGUAAUUGGAACAAUACACUACCAAACUGUGCAAUAAUUAAUUGUACUGAUCCUGAUACUCCUACCAAUGGAACUAGAAAUGGAACAGUUUUUACUUUCAAUUCUACAGUAUUGUAUUCAUGUGAUACUGGAUAUACUAUAACAGGAGCCUCCUCUCUCACUUGUCUAUCCAAUGGUUCAUGGGAUGCAUCAGCUCCUUCAUGUGAUAUUGUUAACUGUAGUAAUCCAGGCACACCCACUAAUGGAGAAAGGUUUGGUAGUGUAUUCACCUAUAAUGCUGAGGUAGUUUAUAGCUGUAAUGAGGAGUAUAGUCUUGUUGGUGUUCCGGUUAUUACUUGUCAAUCCAAUGGUUAUUGGAGUGAUGCAUUACCAAGCUGUGUAUAUAUUGACUGUACUGAUCCUGAUAUACCUGAUAAUGGGUUACGCACUGGUAGUAACUUUAGUUUUAAUUCAUCAGUUAACUUCACUUGUUAUCCUGGCUAUCAACUGACUGGUAGUGAUGCCAUUACUUGUAGUUCUGAUGGUAAAUGGAGCAAUGAUAUUCCAUCUUGUAAUAUUACCUAUUGCAAUGUUCCAAUGUCACCAGCUAAUGGUAAUGUGUCCUAUACUAGUUUAAGUGUUAAUUCAUCAGUAUACUUCACCUGUGAUACUGGAUAUACACUG